UUAAGUGUGUGUGUGUGUGUACGUACCGGCUCGCACACCGCCUGUUGCUCUGUCUAGGGAAGUAGCACGCUUUUUCCUCUGUUCACUUUCUGUGUGUGUGUGCUUGUGUAUGCAUGUCAUUUUCCUAUUAAUUCUUCGCGUUUCUAGAUCUUCAGCUUGAUGCGUUUCGCAUGAAAAUAUUUCAGAGAAACGUGUUGGAUUUGUCGAAUUCAUAGAUUGUAUUUGAAGUUGUGUAGAUCUACUCUGCUGCUGUGUUCAGCUGGUUUUGGAUUGUAAUUUAUUUAGAUUCUAAAGUCUAUGCAGGCCUAUGAUGUUAAGACUUCAGAGAUAAAGUUGUUGGCUGGUAGACUAGAUUGUAUAUCUAGAAUACCUAGACUCUAGUUAGCCUACUCUAUCAGGCGCAAGGCUGAGAACACUAGAUAUCCGCCCACUUGGUAGCUGAGCUUCCUGUUAGGUGCCCUCGUGCGAUCACCCCAUCAUGCUCACCACAAGUCUCCAGGAUCUCAAAACCUGGUACAAUGAGACUAUGUCUCUGGCAGACCCCCGAGCAGAUGGCUACCCACUCCUGGACUCUCCUGACAAAAUGCUGGCCAUGAUAGGGCUUUACCUGUUCACAGUCUGGCAGGGUCCCAAAUGGAUGGUGCCCUACAAGCCAUGGAAUAUAAAGACCACAAUUAUAGUCUAUAACUUUGCCAUGGUGAUCUUGUCAUCCUACAUAUCUCUGUCCUCUGUUUAUGGAAUCUACAAUGCUGGUGGUUAUUCUAUAUUUUGUGAUGAAAUGGAGAAAUAUCAAUUUGACGAUGCCAGUGGAAUGAAAUAUUUUGUAAGUAUUAAUGGAUGUGACAAGAGUUCUCUUAAAAAAAAAAGUUGUACCAAAGUUGUAUGUAAAUCAGGGUUAUACAUUUCAAAAUAUGUGAGAGUAGGUUGGCUGUUUUUCAUCUCCAAACUGAUUGAGUUUCUAGAUACAAUUUUCUUUGUAGUUCGCAAAAAGAACAACCAGAUCACAUUUCUCCAUGUGUACCAUCACGCUACCAUGACCGUGUUUACAUGGCUGGGUGUCAAAUUUUUACCUGGAGGAACAAAUAUAAUCUAUCCUCUGAUCAAUAGCUUCAUCCACGCUGUCAUGUACACAUACUAUGGCUUGUCAGCUUGCGGACCUCACAUGGCUAAAUAUUUGUGGUGGAAGAAGUACCUGACAAGAAUGCAGAUUAGCCAGUUUGUAAUAUUCUUGUCCCAAGGCGUCCUGAAUGCUGUUUAUGACUGCCGUUUCUCAAAAGUCUUUGUCUAUGCAGUGUUCAUCUACACAUUCACUAUCCUCCUCUUGUUUAUCAACUUCUACGUGAGAGCCUACAUCCUCAAGUCCAGCGCACCCAAAAGACAGGUGGCCUCCAAAAACGGGCAUGCCAUGACUAACGGGGAUGCUGUCAAGACAAAUGGUGACACCGUCAAAAAUGGAAGCUCUAAGAAGCAGGAAUAAGUGUGUGUGUGUGUGUCAGACAAGUCUGUCAUUUUUUUUAAUAAAUAAAAAAAUGUUUUAAAACAUUCUUGAAGUAGAAGACUAGCAGGAAUGUGACUGAAUUAUUUGCAAGACAAUUGAUGCUAAUCAAUAAUGAUGCUAUGCAAAUUGGAAAUGUUUUUUUUUUUUUUUUUGACAGUUUUUAAACUGUGAAUUAUGCAGUUGUGAAAUGAAAGCUAAUUUAGUGUUUGGUUGUAAUUUGAAAGGCCUCAUCACAAAAUCCUUUGCCACAUUUUAAAAGUGAAUUUUCUGAAUAGUCAUAUUAUUUAGUUUGAUAUAUUUCCAACUUUGGUUUCCAUAAUGAAGAUUAUUCUGCCACAUCUCAAACCACCUGUUGAGUAGCUUGCUGCCAUUGUGAAACAGGCUAUUGAUGGUUGGGUAUGCCUUCAAACAGUCAUCACAAUUUUUGAACCCUGCUCUACAUCAUUCUGUUUAGGACUAGGAUGUAAUGAUCUGCAUUUGUGAUAGAAUGUCAAAAAAAAAUUAAAUAAAGCAUUAAAGUAAAUCUUGUCAAAAUUUCCAACCAAUGCGACAGCAUUUUAAAGUUUUUUGUUUUUUUAAAACCAUUUUUGUUAUCAUAAUGAAAGCCUGCUUUAUAAUGUCAUAGCAAGUUUGUGAUAAAGCCUUUUGAUAUGUUUGUAAUCAUCAUAAUUCACUGACCUUUAUUUUUCUAACAUGUUUUUGAAAUGCAUGAAAACAAAACAAAAAAGGUGCUUCUAUAAAAACCCAUAAUUUUAUCCAUAAUAUUUGUAUGUUUAUGCUAUUAUAGUUUAGUAUUUAAAGUUAUACAUGUAUGUUCUGUAUGUGUGCAUGCGUGUGUGUGUGUGGCUGAUAUGGUAGCUUUCUACCAUUUAGCAUUUUUUGUUUAUUUGAUACAAUUUGUUUUAUAUUUAUGUACGUUGUAAGUACAUUGAACAUUCCGCCAGUCUGCUGCUACCUAUGUAAAAGGAUGGGGUUGUCGACACAGAUCGUGGGAAUUUAAUUAUCUUAUAAAUUACAGACGUUAUUUCAAAAGAGAAGAUAAUUACGUCCAAUUAGAUUGCUAGUCUUAUGUUUUUAAAAUCAUUUUUGUUAUUGCUAGUGCUAUAAAAGAAUGGUGCCUCCCAGAGAUCUAUCAUUGCAUUCAGAUGUUUGUCUAGUGGUUGGUCCUUUGUAUUUAACUUUAGUGCCUUGUGUUGAAGACUGUUUCUUCACUUGAUCUCAGAUGAUUUGCUUAUAUCCAAAGAUAAACCAUCUAUUAAAUGUCUCUAAUUACCAAUCAGCUCCAGUAAAGUUUAAGCUUAUUGAUCCCCAAGCCUAUUAUUUUGAUUCUCUCUCCCCCAUGUUGUUUUAAAAGUUAUUUCACUCAAAAUUUAUUAUUUAGGCUACAAUUUUUAAUUUUUUUUUUGGUUUGAACUCGUAUUUUCUUGCUAGACAAUUUUUUCAUCGCAUCACUUUUGUCUUGUCUUUAGUCUCUGAACUAUUUGAGAUGUUCUUAGAUGAUAUAAAGUGCUAUUCAAACACUAUUUGUGAUGGAAUUAACCGAGAUUUUGUUCUACUAUGGAUUCUAAUUAGAUUUUUGUUUUCUAUGUAGAAUUAUGAAUCGCUGAAUUGAAUUUUGUUUUGAUGCAGGCAUUGUGUGUGUGUGUUGUUUUUUUUAAGUGAAGAGGUUGCCACCAUCACUACUAAAGUAAUUCUCAAACGAGUGUAUUUUUUUUGGUACCCUAUUCAAAGUUGUUAUGUGGUGAUUGAUGACUAGAUUCUUAGCCUUCAUGUUAGUGGGUGAAAUGUUGAAAGAGAAACAUUGAACUUUAUUCCUAAUGAUUAAUGAACAUUUUUGUGAUGCUAUCAUAUCACCUAAAGUGAUCUUUAAAACUGAUACCCAUUUAAUACAUAUAUAUAUAUAUAUAAUAUAAAUAUACAUAUAUAAAGUUGCCUUAUAUAUAUAUAUCUGUUUUUUUUUUCAA